AUAUGAUGGUAUAAUAGAAUAGUUUCCUUGAGAAAAAAAAAAUAUUAUUAUGGGAAUUAUGAAACCUUCAUUUUCUCUCAUCCUUUGCUACUUCCUGUGGGCCUUAUUCUUACUUUUCAAUUUCAUCCCUCAUGGAGGACUCGUCUCUGCUAGAAACAUACGGAUUCUAAAAGGGCAAGCGUAUGUUCCUAGAAGUAACUCAUACCAAGCACAUGGGUUUAGUUAUGGUUAUUCACCUAGCAGCGGCGGUGGUUAUGGUUAUUCACCCCACGGCAGCAACAGUUAUGGUUAUUCACCCAGUGGCAGCAAUAGUUAUGGUUAUUCACCUAGCGGUGGUAGUGGUUAUGGUAAUUCACCCAGCGGUGGCGGUGGUUAUGGUAAUUCACCCUAGCAGCGGCGGUGGUUAUGGUAAUUCACCCAACGGCAGUUGUAGUAACACCCUUCACCUAUCUCCGUCAUUUGUUUAAGGUUUCAUUAGUUCUAUCACAUCCCAGUAUACCAACCUCACUAUUGUAUUUAAAGACUAGAUUUCUCACCUCUAAGUUCUCCUCAGAAUGUAAUGGUUAUGCUUUAAAUCUAAAACAUUACUAUCA